AUGGCUGUUGAGGUAUCCCGCCUUUUGGACUACAACAACUCGACACUCCUACUCGGAGCAGCUGUUGUCCUUUUAUACGCCGUGCGAUCGUACUUGCAACCAGUACCGCUCGCACAUCCAUUGCUUCUUGGCCGACAGUCUGAUGUGGGGAAGGUAAGAAAGGUUGGGGAGACGGCUGUUUAUCGCAACUAUGGUGUUGGUCAUGGAGCUGCUCUCCCAGCAAGACCUCGCAAGGAAGUCAACUUAGCGCACGAUGUGCUUCACUCGGACUCCACCCGAGAACAAUACCUGUGGGGAACGAAGAUAACAAAUGAGAAACUGCGGCUGCGAAUCCAGGCGCUGGGCAACGGUUUGGUACGGACCGUCGGCCUCGCGCCGAACAAAUCCAGUGCAAUCAUUCUUCUCGAUGACAGUUUUGUGAACGUCCCAGAGUGGUUGUUUAUCGAUUUGACAUUGUCUACAUUCGGCAUGACUUCCAUUACUCUGACGCAGCUCAAACUAUUGGGCUCCGUGCUGUCCCGGGGCGUCCCAGACGUGAUAUUCACGGAUUCGAGCCUUCUAGAACUGAUCCUCGAGCAAGUCGCGGAAGAAGGGAAUCAUUUUCCGAUAGUGGUGGUCGGGAAGGAUGCCGCAUCCAAGGUCGAAGCCGGUCGUAACCUCGGUUUUAACGUAGUUACUCUUGAUGAGGUGGAAAGGAGUGGUAAAGGGGGUGAAAAUACGACGAUAGACAAAAUCAAGCCCGCGGACAUUUUCUCUACCGCGUAUCAUGGGGUGACAAAGGAGACGCCAACGGGUGUGCAUAUCACUCACAUGAAUCUCACAUCGGGCCCCACGGCCAUUCGCCAAUUCUUUACCCUCACAAGCCCCCUAUCCCCAGCAUCCACGGUUCUUUCAGCGUUUCCAUUAGCUACGCCCUUCGGUCGUGCAAUUGCUUACACUGCCCUGCUAGAAGGUUCAAACUUUGCGACUCUCGCUUCGACAUCUCUUCUCCAGUCAGCGAAAGCUACUAUUCGCCCCACACUCGAUGAAAUUGUUCGUGCUGCAUCCUCUGGUAUUCCUCGUCCCACGCACUUGUUCAUUCUUCCGGACCAUCUUGACACCCUGAGAUCCUCGAUCAUCGCUCACGCCAGCUCCUCGUUCUACUCUGGCUGGGCAUGGGGUCGCAAACUCGUCGAUUUAGCCGGUGGCGCGCUGGCCGAAAACACGUUCUUCGACCGAAUCGGCGGCCUUAAUCAAGCGAGGCGCGCCACCCUUGGGUACAGCAAGACAGAGCCUUGGCUGAAUGCCGUGGUCGCGGCCGGCGGUCCAUGCGAUGAAUCCCAGUUUCCUUCGGCAAGGAUCGCACUCUCCAUUCCUCUCAUUAAUGCGCACAUUGAAUAUAUUUCCACCGCACCUAUUUUUGCGUCUCAUCCGUUUGAUCUUCAACACUUCCCACCAUCGGUCGCUGAAAGUUACGCUCAUGUGGGCCCACCAGGACCAAACAUAGAAGUCAAGUUAGUGGCAGUCAGCGAUGAUUCUCAGGUGGAUGAGACUAAAGGCGAUCCUCGUGGAAAGGUCUUUUAUCGAGGGCCAUCCUUAUGCGAGCCUAUUCCACCCCUUGCCAGCGGACCGGUGGGAGAACAAUGGGUGGACAGCGGACGUAUUGCUGUUAUUCAUUCGAAUGGAACGUUCAAUAUCUUGGAGUGA